GCAGGAAAACCUUUUACUAUAAAAAUAUGGCUUACAUAAAGCCUGUUGAAUUUGCAUUAGGCUAUGAUAAUAAUAAAAAAUUUAGAACAGCCCAAUAUAUUUCAAUAGAAGAUUUGAUAUGUAUGCUGUACUCAAGACACAUCAACAAUACUGGAUUCUGGCUGAAACACAGUAGUACUUCAGGUGUAUUUACAGACAUUUCUAGUGGAUCACUAAUGCAAUCAAUUGCAAUAUCUAGUGAAAAGAUAAUAUACCUCAUGUUGUUCCAAGAUUCCUUUGAAGUUACAAAUCCUAUUGGUUCAGGAAAGAAAAAACAUAAAACACUAGCUGUUUAUCUGACAUUAGCAAAUAUUCCGUCCCAAAAACAAUACACAUCCAAUCAACUACAAUUAGUGCUUAUGUGUCGAGAUGUUGAUUUUAAGUUUUUUGGCUUAAAGAAGGUGUUUGCUCCUUUAUUGUCUGAUUUACAGGAAAUUUCAAUGUCUGGUGUUGCUAUUUCUGACACCUUGACAUUAACAAUAAAGCUUCUAUGUAUACUGGGUGAUAAUCUUGGAUCACAUGCUAUUGGAGGUUUUUGUGAAAAUUUCAGCACAGCUCAAAACUUUUGUCGAUACUGCUUAGUGACACGCAUCGAAUUUGAUACAAAUCCUCACUUUUGUGGCCCUGAAAGAACAAAAGAAAUACAUAAUAGAAGCUUGCUUGAACUAGCAAACUGUGGUUUAAACAACUUUGAAGGCGUCAAAUUUCAGUCACCUUUUAAUGAUAUUAGUGAUUUUCAUGUCUCCACUGGUUUGCCACCAUGUCUAGCUCAUGACUGUUUUGAAGGAUUAGUAUCACAAGAUAUGUAUCUUUUUAUUAAGUAUUUUGUUACUAAGCGAUGGUUUUCUUAUAACAACCUAAAUAGAAGAAUAAAUCUACUUAAGUAUUUAGAAAAUGAUGCACAAGACAAACCAUGUGAAGUUAACAAAAUAUCGUGCACAAAGAAGCUAAGUGGCCAUGCAGUACAAAACUGGGUGUUUUUGUGUUUGUUUUCCAUAAUUAUUGGAUCAUAUGUAACUAAUUAUGAGGACUCUGUGUGGUUACUGUAUCUUAAAUUAAAACAAAUUAUGGAGUUGGUUUGUUCUCCAAAGAUUGAUCUUGCACAUAUUGCAUACCUACAGACAUUAAUACACGAGUAUUUGUCUGGACGAAAGAAACUGUUUCCUUAUAAUAAACUUUUACCUAAACAUCACUAUUUGUGUCAUUACCCACAGCUUAUACUACGAUAUGGCCCUCUCAUACGUGUAUUUACACUGCGAUUUGAGAGCAAGCAUUCUUAUUUUAAACAAUGUGCUCGAAAUUAUCAUAAUUAUAAACACUUAUGCAAAACAUUGACUAGCACCCAGCAAUUGCUGCAAGCAUACAACAAUUCAAGCAUUACAACCCAGGAAUAUUUUUCUAUUGAUUCCUUCUUGUUUAAUGGAACAAAUUUCAAUUCUUUAAUAAACAGUUUAAUAUUAAAUACAUGUGGUCAGUUUCCGUAUGAUGUUUCAACGCAUGUUAUUUUUCGUGGCACACAUUACAAGAAAAAUCUCUUUUUAUUGUGUGAGUUUUCAAAAGAUUAUGAGUUUCCAAUUUUUGGAAAAAUAUUAGUUAUUUUUAUAGAUCCAAGCUGUAGCAUUCCUCGGGUUAUUGUUGCAAUUCAAAAGACUGAGUUUGUCCAUGAACUUGGUUUAUAUGAAAUAUUUGGUUCUACAGAUAAAAUUAUAUGUCUUGCACUGCCAUGCUUAAUUGACUAUCUGCCUUUACCAGCUUACAUAUACCAGCAUCGAAAGAUGGUUUCACUUAAACAUGCAGUGUCAUGUUCAGUGUCAAGAUUUGAGAACAGAUAAAUAAUAAUUUAAUAAAUAUUAGUUCAAAUCAUUUAUUUUUAUAAAAUAUUUUGUUUAAAAUUUCAACUAUUAAUUUUUUUAAAUGUUUCUAGUUUUAAAUUUUUAAAUAGUCAUGAUAACAAUAAUGUUAAAAAAUCUGUUUUUUAAACUAACUGAUUACCCUGAUUUAUAAAUUAACCCUGAUAAUUUAUUAAUUAACCUAAUUAACCCCUGAUACAUUUGCGCUAUUCUCUUAUAUAAUAUUAAAUCAUUACAGAGUUAACAGUGUUUUUUGUUUGUGUAGGUGAUGGAAUUUAUUAAAACCAGCAUCAUUAGAAUCCUACCAUCUAUAGGUGCAACUUUAUUAGAGCAACUUGAAAAUAGUUUGGAGCUGGAUGUUGGAGUGGAGACUCAAGCAGAUCUUCAUUUAGUUACAUUUGAAGACUUGUUUGGCCUAAAACCAAUACAAAAACGAAAACUACUUCAAUCAUGGUUAUCAAAUAAUGUGGCUGAUUCCAACAUGUUGACACCAGCAUUGAUGACUUUGUCGUCACCAUGUAUACCCUGCUUUUCUACUGAAAUUUUAGCAGCAGAAGGAUCUUCUGUGGCAUCAAAUUAUUUUGGACCUUCUGAUUGGUGCAUGUUGUUUAUGUACCAUGGGGAAAAAUAGAUAAGAAAACGAUUGAAAAACUAGAAUCCGGUGAACGUCUUUGUGCAACAGAAAUAACGGCAAUGGUGUGGAUAGUAUUGGACGAAGUUAGAUCAGUUUGUCUAAAGCCGUUGAAAAAACACUUGGAUAUUAUUGCAUCCAUAAUUGUUUUAAAAUAUCCAAAAGCAUUGAAGGAUGAAUACAAUGGUAAUUUGAUAGGUAGUGGUCAUGAUAGUCUGACAUUACAAUUAGUCAAUCGGUAUGAUUAUCUUCAGCGCCCACGUCGUGCUUUGCCAGAAGUGGAUUUUGAAGUAGAAAAAGUAUCUGCUCAAGACGAUGAAACAAAACAUCCUUUUAUGAAUAGAAAGAGAGAUAGUUAUGGAUGUCUCAAUUAGGAAUGUACAGGAUUGCUUAGCUCACAGUCUACUCCAGCUGAAAAACUGUACAGGUUGCAGCGAAGUGCUAUAAAUGGGAACUUAGUUCUGCUCCCAGAAUUGAUGCAACAGUUUCCAGAGCUGUUUACGGUGAGCGGAUUACUGAAUCACUUUGAUGUGUUAAUGGGUGGCUUAAAAGCCACUGAAAAAUUAACAACUUCAUUAGCUGACCAAAAAUUAGCAGCAUUUUUUUUCAACUGUAAAUCUAAAAAUGAACACAUAAAAAAGCUAUGCAAUCAAUGGAUGAGCUAAAUGUUGCAACUGCUUCUGAUCUACCUGUGGCUCCUAGCUUGAUGACUGCAUUGGUCUUUCUUUUUGAUGAAAAGUUGCAUUGUCUUUUUUUGUUGAUGGAUG